AGUGAUUGGGGAGCGGAGCGCAGUGCCGGGUGGGCUCGGAUGAACAUGGCUGCGAAGAAAGCCCUUGAGGUGUACUUAGAUAUGCUGUCACAGCCGUGCAGGGCUGUGCACAUCUUCCUAAAUCACAAUAAAAUACCUCAUACAGUGAAAACCGUGGCUCUGCGGAAGGGUGAGAACAGAACGGCGGAGUUCACCAAGCUCAACCCUAUGCAAAAGGUUCCUGUCAUGGUGGACAAUGGCUUUGUUCUCACUGAAAGCGAUGCCAUAUUAAAGUAUCUGGCCACUAACUACCACGUCCCUGAGCACUGGUACCCCCGGCAGUCCGAAAGGAGGGCCAAGGUUGAUGAGUACACUGCCUGGCACCACAACUACAUCCGGCCGCAUGCCGCCAAGGUCUUCAUCAUGGAAGUGCUAGUACCCCGUAUGACCAGGCAGCCAGUGGAGCAGCCCAAGCUGCAGAGGGCACUGGAACAGCUGGGAGACACGCUGGACAAGCUGGAGGGAAUGUUUCUGAAGAGGCAGCCCUUCCUCUGCGGCGAUGACAUUUCUCUGGCCGACCUGCUGGCCGUGUGUGAAAUAAUGCAGCCUCUAGGUGGCGGCAGAGACAUUCUGAAGGGGCGACGCAAGCUGGAAAGCUGGAGGAGCAGGGUGAUAUCGGCACUGCAGGGUUCUUUCGAGGAGGGACACCAGAUUUUGUAUCAACUUCGAGACAAGACAACAUCCAAGCUGUGACCAGGGCUGAUGUACAGAAUGCACGUGAUGCAGGGAGAGAUUGUCCACAAUCUGAGACAUGCACUUAAAUUGCUAAAUAAUUAGAUUUCGGAGCAUUUUACUGGCCUAGAAAAAGAAUCCAGUGUCUUCUUAAAUGCUAAAUCUAAAAAUCUAAUCCAGAAUAUUUCUAUGAGUGGAAGAUUUACUUCAAGAUUUUAUCUAGUUGAAGAAGAAGAAAAAAAAAGGGAUUAAACACUUAGAUUAUUCAAAUUAUAAGCAACGAAAUGCAGAAACACACAUUCACAUUUUAAAAAAAUGCAAGGAAAUAAAAUAUAAAAAUAUACAAAACUAGUAAUUUAUUAAAGAAAUCAAACAAGGACAUUUUUGUGGUAUGUUGAUACAUACUGUGAUUCCUUUUGGGUGAAAAUUAAAAAGAUUUAAGAGGUA